AUGGUUUUACAGAGCAGAAGACACGAGCACCAUGGAAGGCAUCAUCACGACCACGUGCAUGAUUCUGCUGUGUCUAGUGCCAGUAUAGUUUCUGAGGGAAGGCUUGAUUUUGAUGAGCAACUUGCCCAGCUUGAAUCAAUUGUUAGCACGUUUUUAAGGGAUAAAUGGACAUCUCGUGCUGGUAUCCCUCCAUUUAGGACCACAUUGACCAAAUUAGAUGAAAAAAGAAAACCAAUAGAGACUGGAAUGGGAGGAAGACAAAAUAGAAAGCAGAGAAGAGGAGAAACAAUUAUACUGAGGGAAGCAACAAAACAAAUGAAUCACUCAUUUUCAGUACCUCGGGGCCCAAAGGAAGCAAUAAAGAAAGAUAAUUUAAGCAAGCAAAAGAGUCCAGUGGAUUAA